AUGUCUUCAAAGAAAGGAUCCAGUUCAAGUAACAAUAGCCCUCCAUCCCCACCUCCUUCUCGAUUCGACCCAGUGAUGUUCCAGUUGGCUAUUUCGGCCGCAGUGACUGCCGCAUUGACAUAUUUCUGCCCUGAUAGGUUCGGUGUACCAAGAAUUCAAGCUACCACUACUCCUGUUGCUGUGCCUACAGCUCCAACACCUACCACUGGGUAUGCUGGUAAUCUCCCUUGGUGCAACAGGUGUAGUUAUCACCAUCGUAUUCCUGGCCCAUGCCGUGAGAUGAUCUGCAUCAACUGUGGCAAGAAGGGACACCUUACUCGAAGCUGCAGAGCACCGGUUCAGUUAAUUGGUCAAGCUUUCGGAUCAAGUACUUUUCGAGCCUGCUAUGGUUGUGGAGAGAUCGGGCAUUUCAAGCGAAACUACCCAAAAACAGCAACCACUAACAACGUCAACAACGCAAAAAUGGUUUUAGUUGUGAAGCAAGAGGAGACAGCCGCUGAUCCCACCACCGCCGCAGUCCUCAUCUAA